UGGAGCCAGCCACAGUGACGCAGUGUAGGGGGAGGAUGUCAGAUGUCCGCUCUCCCCUAGGCUCUGCUAACCUGUGUUGGGGCCUAGGGAGCCUUCUGUGGGGUAACAUGGGUCUUGGUUUUCUCAUCCGUGAAAUGAAGGGUUUGGACUUGACUAUCACUAAGCUCCCUCCCAGCUCUAAGACUUAGUGAAUUCAGGGUUUGUAACUCCCUGGAGCAGCUGCCACUCAGUGACCUCUAAUCAACCUUGGCACAUUGUAAGUACUCGGUAAGCACUUGUUGAACCAAACCCAGGAGAUUAGGAGUUUCUCAGAAGAACAAAAUAAUUCCCUAGUGGAUUUCACCACAUACCCUGAAGUGACCAGCUCCCACUGUCUGUGGGCUCUCAGAAAACACCUGUCGAGUGGUAACACUGGGCACUUUGCCUUAGAGGUGGAGGAACAGGAAGAGGAUCAGGAGUUUGGGUUUAAAGUUGGGGAGGAGUGAAACCAGCUACAUAGCAUUAUUGAAGCACUGCUUGGUCAAUGUGAGACCCCAUGGCAAACACUCCCCUCCAGCAACCCCACUCCACCCUUCUCCCUGUCUCUGUAUGGUGGAAGCAUAGAGACAAUUUAGCAGGGGGUGGGGCCAGGCAGCCCCGGAUAAUAGUGAGAGGCUCUGCCCUGCAGUCGUGGAAGGGGCCUGCUGAAAUGAAGUUCCUCCACCCAACUCAUAAGGGGCAUGCAGGGCUGUGUGGUGGAGAUGAAGGGCCCUGCCAGGUUUCUUUCUAGUCAGCUCACCUGCCGCCAAGGCUAGUAAGGAGGCCCUAGGGAGUUUCACGGCAAAACCUACCCCUGCCUUUGUAAAGGGGCCUGCAGAGAGAAGCCUGGACUCUCCUAGAGCCCCCAGGCACAUGGGAAACAAUCAUGGGGAAGGGGGUAAAGGGGCAGUUUUGCCAGUCCUCUCACAGGUCCUCAGCUGCCACCACCCCUGCUGCUGUGGAGACCCAGCUUCCUGCUUGAGCCUCUGCUGCUCUGCAGCCACUGAGCCUUUUUCUCUCCAGUGCACCUGAGAUUUCUCUCUCACUCUCUCACUUCUCUCUCUCUCUCUCUGGACUCUUUAAUUAACUCUCAGUAUAGUUUUUCUCUCUCAAACAAUUUUGUAUAAUAUCUCUCACACUUACACGUACUAUGUCUAUAUUCUCUCUACAUAUAGCUGCUCUCUCCACCUCCACACAUUCCUUUUCUCUCUCUCUUUUUCUCCCCCAAACCCCCCUUCUUCUCUCCCUACGCUCCCCUGGUGCUUAACUGGAAACAAAAGUGAGUUUGUUGUGUGAAGAAGAGGACCUGUGGAAGGAGCAGCCAGGGAGGUGGCAGUGGAAGCAGGCUGGGGCCAGAGGCAGCGCCGACAGCCGGGGACCCCAGCACUCAGCUAUUCCAGGGAGCAGGGUCCCCAGCUGCUGAGCAGCUCCAGGACAUCCUGGGGGAGGAAGAUGAGGCUCCCAACCCCACCCUCUUCACAGAGAUGGACACUCUGCAGCAUGACGGAGACCAGAUGGAGUGGAAGGAGUCAGCCAGGUGGAUAAAGUUUGAAGAAAAGGUAGAGGAAGGCGGCGAACGCUGGAGCAAGCCCCACGUGUCCACACUCUCUCUGCACAGCCUCUUCGAGCUCCGUACCUGCCUGCAGACGGGGACGGUGCUGCUGGAUUUGGACAGUGGCUCCUUACCACAGAUCAUAGAUGAUGUCAUUGAGAAGCAGAUUGAGGAUGGUCUCCUGCGGCCAGAGCUCCGGGAGAGGGUCAGUUACGUCCUCCUGAGGAGGCACCGUCACCAAACCAAGAAACCCAUCCACCGCUCCUUAGUCGACAUUGGGAAGUCAGUCUCCACCACAAAUCGCAGUCCUGGCCGGAGCCUUGGUGCUGGCCCAAGUCUACACCACUCCACGGAGGACCUGCGGAUGCAGCAGAGUGCAAAUUACGGACGUCUGUGUCAUGCCCAGAGCAGAAGCAUGAAUGACAUUUCUCUCACCCCAAACACAGACCAGCGGAAAAACAAAUUCAUGAAGAAGAUCCCCAAAGACUCGGAAGCCUCCAACGUGCUCGUGGGCGAGGUAGACUUCCUAGACCAGCCAUUCAUCGCAUUCGUGCGCCUCAUCCAGUCAGCCAUGCUGGGAGGAGUAACAGAGGUGCCUGUCCCCACCAGAUUUCUGUUUAUACUGCUGGGACCUUCUGGGAGAGCAAAAUCCUACAAUGAAAUUGGCCGUGCCAUUGCAACCCUCAUGGUAGAUGAUCUCUUCAGUGACGUGGCCUACAAAGCCCGCAAUCGGGAAGAUCUGAUCGCAGGAAUUGAUGAAUUUCUGGAUGAGGUCAUCGUCCUUCCUCCUGGAGAAUGGGACCCAAAUAUCCGAAUUGAGCCCCCCAAGAAGGUGCCCUCUGCUGACAAGAGGAAAUCUGUGUUCUCCCUAGCAGAGCUGGGCCAGAUGAAUGGCUCUGUGGGAGGAGGUAGCGGAGCUGCUGGAGGAGGCAACGGAGGUGGUGGUGGUGGCGGCGGAGGCGGGGCCGGCGGCGGUGGUGGGGCCGGUGGAACGAGCAGCGGGGAUGAUGGAGAGAUGCCAGCUGUGCACGAAAUUGGGGAGGAGCUUAUCUGGACAGGAAGGUUCUUCGGUGGCCUGUGUCUGGAUAUCAAGAGGAAGUUGCCCUGGUUCCCAAGUGACUUCUAUGAUGGCUUCCACAUUCAGUCCAUCUCUGCCAUCCUAUUCAUCUACCUCGGCUGUAUCACCAACGCAAUCACCUUUGGUGGACUUCUGGGGGAUGCUACCGACAAUUAUCAGGGAGUGAUGGAGAGCUUCCUGGGCACUGCCAUGGCUGGCUCCUUGUUCUGCCUCUUCUCGGGACAGCCUCUCAUCAUUCUCAGCAGCACGGGACCCAUCCUCAUCUUUGAGAAACUCCUCUUCGACUUCAGCAAAGGCAAUGGCCUGGACUACAUGGAGUUCCGCCUCUGGAUUGGCCUACACUCAGCUGUCCAGUGCCUUAUCCUAGUGGCCACAGAUGCCAGCUUUAUCAUCAAAUAUAUCACCCGCUUCACUGAGGAGGGCUUCUCCACCCUCAUCAGCUUCAUCUUUAUCUAUGAUGCCAUCAAGAAGAUGAUCGGUGCCUUCAAGUACUAUCCCAUCAAUGUGGACUUCAAGCCAAACUUCAUCACAACCUACAAGUGCGAGUGUGUCGCACCUGACACAGUGAAUACAACCGUGUUCAAUGCUUCAGCCCCACUGGCACCAGACACCAACGCUUCUCUGUACAACCCCCUUAACCUCACAGCGCUGGACUGGUCCCUAUUGAGCAAGAAAGAGUGUCUGAGCUAUGGCGGGCGCCUGCUUGGGAACUCCUGCAAGUUUAUCCCAGACCUGGCGCUCAUGUCCUUCAUCCUUUUCUUUGGGACAUACUCCAUGACCCUGACCCUGAAGAAGUUCAAAUUCAGCCGCUAUUUUCCUACUAAGGUCCGGGCCCUGGUGGCUGACUUUUCCAUUGUUUUCUCCAUCCUGAUGUUCUGUGGAAUCGAUGCCUGUUUUGGCCUGGCAACCCCCAAGCUGCACGUGCCCAGUGUCAUCAAGCCCACACGGCCUGACCGAGGCUGGUUCGUGGCCCCCUUUGGGAAGAACCCGUGGUGGGUAUACCCAGCGAGCAUCCUGCCUGCCCUGCUGGUGACCAUCCUGAUCUUCAUGGACCAGCAGAUCACUGCCGUCAUUGUCAACCGGAAGGAGAACAAGCUGAAGAAGGCAGCUGGCUACCAUCUGGACCUGUUCUGGGUGGGCAUCCUCAUGGCCUUAUGCUCCUUUAUGGGGCUCCCCUGGUAUGUGGCUGCCACGGUCAUCUCCAUUGCCCACAUCGACAGCCUCAAGAUGGAGACGGAGACCAGCGCCCCUGGGGAGCAGCCCCAGUUCCUGGGAGUCAGGGAACAGAGAGUGACCGGCAUCAUCGUCUUCAUCCUGACGGGAAUCUCUGUCUUCCUGGCUCCCAUACUGAAGUGCAUCCCCCUGCCGGUGUUGUACGGAGUCUUCCUCUACAUGGGCGUGGCCUCCCUGAAUGGCAUCCAGUUCUGGGAACGCUGCAAGCUCUUCCUGAUGCCGGCCAAGCACCAGCCGGACCACGCUUUCCUGCGACACGUGCCGCUGCGCCGGAUCCACCUCUUCACCCUGGUGCAGAUCCUCUGCCUGGCCGUACUCUGGAUCCUCAAGUCCACGGUGGCUGCCAUCAUCUUCCCAGUCAUGAUCCUGGGCCUCAUCAUUGUUCGAAGGCUUCUGGAUUUCAUCUUUUCCCAGCACGACCUGGCCUGGAUUGACAAUAUCCUCCCAGAGAAGGAAAAAAAGGAGACAGACAAGAAGAGGAAGAGAAAGAAAGGAGCCCACGAGGACUGUGAUGAGGAGGAAAAAGAUCUUCCAGUUGGAGUUACUCACUCUGAUUCUUCCUUCAGUGACACAGAACUUGAUCGAAGCAUCACCUUGCACUUCAAAAUCUCCUGUCCAGCUUCACCUGCUUUCAACUACUCACGGAACCCAGUGUUCAUGGUGCCACAGGUGAAGAUAGAGAUGGAGUCAGACUAUGACUUCACAGACGUGGACAAAUACCGAAGAGAAACUGACAGUGAGACCACUCUCUAGGAUGAAGCAGCUUCAACAAGACUGGAGAUGGAGGGCCUGGUUUAGUCUUAAUUGGGAGGGUCUUAACUUAUCUGUGCCUGUUUCCUUCUUUAUCAAACAGAGGGAGUCCUGCCUAAUAGAAAACUGGAGAUCUGUUGAUCAAAGUACUGCUUAGAUGCAAAGCUCUCCCUUCCUUUUAUAGUAAUGAAAAUACCUAAAGAUAAAUAUUAUAUUUGAUUUUAAAAUGCAGUCCAGCAUAGAUAUUCUAACACUAAGAUAAAGGGGUAAUAGUCAAAUCAUAAUUUAAAGCAAAUAUCAAUUUAAAAUUGUUUAAAGGUUA